CGUCGCUUCACACUCACCCUUCCACACCGCGACUUUGCAUCUCCAACCCAUCCCCAGAGAAUUCUUUCCCCCUUCACCUUGUACAAUACUCACCACACAGCCACUGUACCUCGUUGACGCUUGAUUGCUGCACCUACCAUGUCCUUCCCUUCGACCACCGUCGCGUGGACCCGGCCACUGCAGCAGCCGCCAGCCUACAAUGCAGUCAACCCACGAACCACUCUACAAGCCGCGCCUGCUCCUCCAGACAUGGGCGCUACCGGGUCGAAGCCCAAGAAGGUAGAGUGGCCGCCCGCGGUCCGCGAGUACGUUCGGCGUGCCUUCGACCCUGCAAACGCAAUACCCGGCAUCUCGAGCAUAGAGAUGCAGACGAAACUGAAGGAGACCAUCAGCUACUAUGCCGAGCGAAAUGCCCAGGACGAGGUCUCAUGGCCUACGUAUCCCCUGCCCCAAGAGCUGCUGCAGGAAGAGCGAAGAAAAGCCGCGCUGGUCAUGUCAGCCGCCGCACCCUCUAAUGGCGCUACGAACGGCUUCCACCAUGCAUACGUGAAUGACCCCAACAAUCACACUAACUCUACUUCCCCACAAUCGAAAAAGCGGAAAUCGCAAGAUGCGGAAGAACUGCAAGCCCAACCAGCUGAGGCCUCCGUUCCGCCCUGGCGUAAAACUAACCUAGCAUCGCGCAUGACUUUUACCGACGGUCACAACGAGAAGCGCCAUAAGAAGAACACCGCCUCGGACGCUGCAAGUAAGUUUGAGCAGGCCGAGCUGGAGAAGCGACGCCAUCGCUUCCAGCUCGGCAACAACGGCAGCAAGACGACACCACCUUGGGGCUCGCCACGCAAAGACGAGGACGAAAUGCCCACCGGUCCCGUUGUCGGAACCAAUCAGAGUCUCGAGAAGAGCUAUUUCCGUCUGACAGCACCCCCCAAGGCAGAGACAGUCCGCCCUUUGCAUAUUCUCGAAAAAUCUCUAUAUAUGCUUACGAAGAAGUGGAAGGCGGAGAAGAACUACAACUACAUCUGCAAUCAGUUCAAGUCGCUCCGCCAGGAUCUUACCGUCCAGCACAUCAAGAAUGCCUUUACCGUCAAGGUGUACGAGAUCCAUGCGCGUAUAUCGUUAGAAAAGGGGGACUUGGGUGAGUAUAACCAGUGCCAAACGCAACUGAAGGCGUUGUACGCGCAGAACCUAGGAGGCAACCCGGCCGAGUUCAAGGCGUACCGCAUUCUCUAUUUCGUAUACACGUGCAACAAGACCGACAUGAACGACAUGUUGGCAGAAUUAACCCUCGCAGACAAAACCCAUGAAUGGAUCAAGCAUGCACUUGACGUUCGAUCAUCGCUGGCUCUUGGCAAUUACCAUAAGUUUUUCAGGCUCUACCUCGAAGCGCAGAACAUGGGCGGCUACCUCAUGGACAUGUUCAUUGAGCGCGAGCGCCUCAACGCUCUCGCUAACAUCUCCAGAGGUUACUCCAAUGUCACACUCCGUUUUCUCACUGACGAACUUGGCUUCGAUAACGAUGAGACGUGUCGUGAAUUCCUCGAGUCGCAUGGUGCGCAGAGCAUCAUUGAAGAAAAAGACGGCAAUCAAUUCCGAGUGAAGAUUCGAGAAGCCGCGUCCCAUUUCGAAAGCCUACGUGCCGCUGCUUUCAGCAAAGUAGACAUCAAGGGCCAAAUAUGAAACCACACACAAGCGGCACGUUUCCAUCUCCUACCUAAUUUUUACCUCGUCGGCUCUAUUCGUUCGUAACGUAGAUUUUCUUCACGAUAGCCUGCGCCACAUGCAUACGUCACACAGCGUUCU